GCGACGGUUUUUCGUAUUUCCACCUCGACCGAGAAAAAAUAAUGUUGUGAUCCCGUAGGAUCGGCGGUCCUGCGGACCCGAACAUCCCGUACGCUGAGCGAGGAGUCCGAGACCCCGAACGACAGGCUGUGUUGCGUGACAGGGGUACACACAUUUUGAGGUUAGCGCCAGCGAGUGACAGUGACAAUACGGCUGGUACGGCGAUCGUUCUCACGCCGUUAGCGCUCCGCAAGGCGAACCGGACGAAUCGGCCCGUCCGCGGGACGGGUGCACCGUUCGUGAAUCGGCACGCCGCGGCUUGUGUACGUGCAGUUUUGGUGGUUUGGUGUUGAAGAAAACGGCACGAAUGUGAAACCGUCCGCCAUCUUGGAAUAUCCAAGGAGAUUUCCACAGGAAAUGCUGACAAUAUAGCGUCGGACCGGCGCAUUUCCGCGUCCCUCAACACCAGAUCAGGACGAUCGACUAAAAAAAGAGAGACAACAGCGAAACGAGACAAGAAGGAGAAAAAAUGGCACCGGUACCGCGACCGGGAAACCUCCGCGAUCCCGAGAUCGCCGACUUGUUCUACAAGCACGAUCCGGAGAAAAUAUUCGAGGAUCUGCGUGAGAUCGGACACGGAUCGUUCGGUGCCGUCUACUACGCGAGAUGCACCAUCUCCAAGGAGAUCGUGGCGAUCAAGAAGAUGUCCUACAUGGGGAAACAGAGCCUGGAAAAGUGGCAGGACAUUUUGAAGGAAAUCAGGUUUCUGAAACAGCUGAAGCACCCCAACACGAUCGAAUACAAGGGUUGCUAUCUGCGGGACAACACCGCCUGGCUGGUGAUGGAGUACUGCGUGGGCAGCGCCUCCGACAUCAUCGAGGUGCACAAGAGGCCGCUGCGCGAGGACGAGAUCGCGGCCAUCUGCGACGGCGUGCUCAACGGUCUGAGUUACCUGCACGGCUUCGGACGCAUCCAUCGCGACGUCAAGGCCGGCAACAUACUGCUGACCGAGAACGGGACCGUCAAACUCGGCGAUUUCGGCAGUGCGUCGAUCAAAUGUCCCGCCAAUUCGUUCGUCGGCACCCCAUACUGGAUGGCACCGGAAGUCAUUCUGGCGAUGGACGAGGGUCAGUACGACGGCAAAGUGGACGUCUGGUCGUUGGGCAUAACGUGCAUAGAACUGGCGGAACGCAAACCGCCCUAUUUCAAUCUGAACGCGAUGUCCGCUCUCUAUCACAUCGCCCAGAACGAAUCGCCGACGCUGUCGCAAACGAGCGAGUGGAGCGACGUGUUCAAACACUUCGUGGAGGCGUGCCUCCAAAAGUCGCCGUCCAGUCGGCCGGACUCGACGAAACUGCUCAAACACACGUUCGUCACGCGGAACAGGUCGGUGAACGUGCUCGUCGAUCUGAUACAACGCACCAAGGCGGCCGUACGCGAUCUCGACAACCUGAACUACAGGAAAAUGAAGAAGAUCCUGAUGGUGGAGAACUGCGAGACGGAGAGCACGAUAGACAUGGACGAGCCGGCGGACGAGCACACCGGCGGCGACAGUUCGAAGAGCAAUUCCGCCACGUCGGAGCACAGCGUGCAUUCGAUGGGCGUGUCGGCCAGCAGCCAGUCCAGCAGCACCAACAGUCUGCCCGCCGGCAUGGAAGACGGCACGGCGAAACGCAGCAAGGCGAUGAAUCACGUGGCCGCCGCGAUCGGCGACCACGGCACCAACAAUUUCGCCACCAUCCGCACCACCAGCAUCGUCACCAAACAACAAAAGGAACACAUGCAGGAGGAGAUGCACGAGCAGAUGUCCGGCUACAAGAGGAUGCGGCGCGAACAUCAGAGCGCCCUCUUCAAGCUGGAGGAGAAGUGCAAGAUGGAGAUGGAAAAUCACAAGAACCAACUCGACAAGGAGUACGAAAGCUUGCUGAUGAACUUCAGCAAAGAACUGGAACGGCAACAGAUCAAGCACCAGCAGGAGCUCGACAGGAAGAAGAAGCAGAACAACGCCGGCGAAAAGAAACUGAUCAAGGACAUCACGCUGAAACACGAACAGGACCGUAAGGCGUUCGAGACGCACCGCAAGAAGGAGUACAAGGCGACCAAGGAGCGAUGGAAGCGCGAACUGUCGCAGGACGAGUCGACGCCGAAACGUCAGCGGGACGCCACCCUGCAAAAUCAAAAGGAGAACCUGAAACAGAUCGACAUGCAAGAGGAGCAGAGACUGCUCCGCAACCAGAAGGAGCAUCUCGAACUCGAGACGAGAAAGUUCCGCAGAAAAAAACUGCUGGCCUACCACCAGCUGGAGCAGGAGCUGCUCAGGCAGGAGCUGAACAAGCGGCAGAAUCAGCUGGAGACGGCACACAACAUCCUGCUGCGCCAUCACGAGAAGACGCAAGAGCUCGAGUACCGUCAGCAGAAGACGGUGCACGCGCUGCGCGAGGAACAGGUGCGCAACCAGCACGACACCGAACAGGCGAACCAGACCGAGUACAUGAAGAGGGCGGAGCGGGAGCUGCGCAAGAAACACGCGCUCGAACUGAAACAACAGCCCAAGUCGCUCAAGCAGAAGGAGAUGUUGGUCAGGAAGCAGUUCAGGGAGACGUGCAAGGUGCAGACGAAACAGUACAAGGCGCUCAAGGCGCAGAUACUCAGCACGACGCCGCGCGACCAGCAGAAGGUCAUCAUCAAGAAGCUGAAGGAGGAGCAGCGCAGGAAGCUCGCCCUGCUCGGCGACCAGUACGAGCAGAGCAUCGCCGAGAUGCUACAAAAGCAGUGCAUCAAACUCGACGAGAGCCAAGAGUUGCAGUGCCAGCAGUUGAAGGAUAAGCUCCAGUACGAGAUGGAGAUGUUGAUCGCGUACCAGAGCAAGAAUAAGAUGCAGGCGCAGGCGCAACGCGACAGAGAAAAGGAGGAGUUGCAGACGAGAGUCAACCUCCGGAAAUCGCUCCUCGAACAAAAGAUGGUAAUCGAAAACAAGACUUUUGUGGACGAGCGCAGCGAAAGGAUCAGGAUACUGCACGAGAAACAGGAGAAGGAAUUGGCCGCGUUCGACGACGAAUCGGUUCAACUCGGUUUCAGUGCGUUGGCGAUUGCGGAAAUUUCCCACGGAGAUUUGUCGAGGGAUUUGUACGACGACGAGGGCAGUUUAUCCGGUUCGAUGUUGAGUUUGGCGCGUAGCAACAGUUCGACGUCGUUUCCGCCUAAUUCCGUUUAAUUCGGGAACAGGAUGCGGAUGUGCAAUAUGCGGAGAUUUUGGGUUUAAUUGUGGUUGGUUUUGUAUCUGGUUGAGUGCAACAUUUCGAUAAUUACUAUUAUUAUUUUUUGUAUAUAUUGGUGGGACUGCGUCCGCAUUGAUAUUUCCUGUUAAUUUGUAUUAAAUAAUAUCAAGUGUAUUAAUUUUGUAAUAUAUAUAAAUUAAUUAAUUUUUAAACAUUUACCAUUACUCCAUACAUGUUUUACUUGGCAUCUUUUUUCUUAUUCGAUUUUUUUACUAUUACAAUUAUUUUUAUCUAUCCGGACCACGUCCAUUUUCAUUUUGUAAUUCAGUUUGGAUGUACAAACCUAAAAAUAUAAGUUAUUACCUAUUAUUAAACUUAUGUAUUAAAAAUAGUGAAAAUAAAAAAGACUAAUAAUACCAAAAUUAAAUUUUAAUGGUAUUAGAAACGCUUAAAAAUGUAAUUGUAUCGAUUAUCCAUUCAUUUCUUUCGCCCCACUUCACAUCAAACAAAAACAAAUACAAAUCCGGAAAUUACGUAAAAUUUAAUAAAAUUGGUGCUUUCAACGAAGUCGCAUCGGUGUUGAAUCUACUGCCAAAUUUUUCCGAUUUACAAUUAUUUUAAUUAGAUAAUAGGUACGAGAACGUUCAUGAUUAUGUGUUGUACCAUUUUUGUUUUUGUAAAUUAUUUAUUAUUAUAAAUUCCAUUGUAAUUUACAUACAAUUUGUAUAUAGGCUUUUUAAUAAUGAUAAUAUUAAACGAAAAUGUCACCUUAAUUUUUUUAGCCAUAUAGCUAGCGUAUAUAAAAACUAAGGAAUCAAAAAACGUUCUGGUUUCUUUUUCUACCCAAAUGAAUAAUUAAUUAAUCAAUUAAAAAAAAAAGACAAAUAAUAAAAAUCACGAACACAACGAAAAGAAGUAAUUGACUCGUUUUCUAAACCGGAUCUUUAUUAUUUGUUCCAUUUUAGUCAAUGUUAAUAACAAAUUUGUAUAUAUAUUUGUUGAAAUUAGUACAAUUUUCCGGCGAAGAACCAGACGAAUAUAAAUCCCAAACUCAUUAUUGUCAAACAUAGUAAAUUUAAUUCAAUAGACCAUUAGAUUUUUUUUGUCUUAUUUUACCAAUCAAUCAAUCAAUUAUAAUUUCAUUGCAAUAAAUGAUAUGCAUUUUUAAA